CCACAAAUAAAGCUGAUGCUGAAAACAGAAGUUGCACAGCGAGACGCAGCCAUGGCAGAAGGCAAGACAGGAGGUGCCGGCCUGUUCGCUAAGCGGGUGCAAAAACAGCUCAGCCGAGCCCAAGAGAAGGUUCUACAGAAACUGGGGAAAACUGUGGAAACAAAAGAUGAGCAAUUUGAACAAAGUGCCUAUAAUUUCCAGCAGCAGCAGAUUGAAGGGCAAAAACUCUACAAAGAACUGAAGGCUUUCCUCACUGCUGUGAAAGGAAUGCAUGAAAGUUCCAAGAAAGUGUCUGAGACACUGCAAGAAAUUUACAGUGAUGAGUGGGAAGGACAUGAAGAAUUGAAGGCCAUAGUUCAGAGCAAUGAUCUUCUGUGGGAAGAUUAUGAGGAGAAGUUGGCAGACCAAGCAAUCAGGACCAUGGACAACUACUUGAGUCAAUUCAAUGAAAUUAAAGAGCGAAUUGCUAAGAGAGGGCGGAAACUGGUGGAUUAUGACAUCAGCAGGCAUCACUUGGAAACCCUUCAGAAUGCCAAAAAGAAAGAUGAAGCUAAAAUUGCUAAGGCUGAAGAGGAGUUCUAUAAAGCCCAAGCUGUCUUUGAGGAACUCAACAAAGAACUGAGAGAAGAACUGCCAGACCUUUACAACAGUCGAAUUGCAUGCUAUGUGACAAUAUUCCAGAAUAUUUCCAAUCUGAGAGAUAUCUUCUACAAGGAAAUGAGUAAGCUAAACCAUGACUUGUAUGAUGUAAUGAGCAAGUUGGAGAACCAACACUCCAAUAAGGUCUUUAUCAUUAAAGGAAUCUCAAGCAAUAGAGGCUCUUUGGUAAUUUCAUCCCCAGUAAGCCCAACCAGCAACUCUUUCCUGCCUUCAGGGAAUAGCAUAAAUAAGGCACCCACGUCUCUCAUUGCCACUUCCCCAAAUCAAGACGGAGAAUCUACUUCAGCAACCAAGGUGGCAUCCACAGCUGUUUGCAGCAAUGAAGCAGAAGAAGAGGUCAAAGAAUUGCAAAAUGAGGCAGGGCACGGAGCCGAGUCAGACUCUCAAGCUGUUUGUGGAGCAGAAGGCAAAAGCCAAGAGGCAAAACUGGAAGAGCUCAAAGUUGCUUCCAGCAGCACCCUUGAGGUAGUGGCAAAGAACCUUGCGGCGGAGAUCCUAUCACAGGCAAUGGUUGAAGUUGCUGGCAAAGGGCAAAGCAUUUCUAAAGACUCAGAAGGUCCUGCACAACCCUUCUUGGAAGAAAACUUUGAAGCCAAUGAUACAUGUGGAAAAGAUGGUGGUUCUCCACCCCAGGCAAAGGAUGAAAACCCAGCUUUACUGAAACACGACCUUGAGCACGCCAAAGACAUCCAGGAUGAGAUGCAGGUUGAGAAAGCCAAUGGUCAGGACAACAAUGGGCCACCUGGAGAGAGCUCUUCUUGCCCUGAAAAUGAUCCCCAAGAUCUUCCCUCUUCAACCAAAGAUGAAGUAGACUUAGAAGAGGUCCCAAUUGCAACCGAUGAUUCUGCUCUACCAAAUACGGAGACAGAUGCAAGUGGCCGGGGCUGCAGUGAUGUGGAAGAUGGUAACAGUAGCAGUUCUGGAAGCAUGGAAGAAAUUGAGAUUUCCCCCAAGGGUACCAAUGCUCAGAUCAUUUCUAGUUUUUUCCCAGAGGAUAAAGAAGAGAAUGAGAACAAGCUGCCCUCGGGUUUCCUGUUCAAGGCUCAAGCAACCCAGGCUCAUACUUCAGAGGAUGACAGCCAUCUUCAGUUUGAAGAAGGAGAUAUAAUACUUGUGAUAUCAGACAUACAAGCAGAGGAAAAAGGAUUUUGGAUGGGAGUAAAGGAAAGCGACUGGAAGGAAAACCAAGACAUGCCACAGAAAGGCAUUUUCCCCCAAGUCCUCAUCAGAUCUGUCCCUUUGAAAUAAGCUCAAAAGUUGAGGCAGCCACAGAAUGAAGGAAGAAAGAAAGGGAAAGCCACUUUUCCAAAAUCUGGUUUUCUGGGCUCAUUACUGAAACUUUCUUUUCCUUCAGCCCAGCUGCCUCCUGCCAGUAUAAUACCAUGCGGAUGGCAAUAUUUAUGAUAUACUGUAUGUACCUUUGAAUAAUUUGGAUUCCAUUUACUGUAGGUCAACAACUGGCAGCCUUUGGGAGAAAUCCGUCUCUCUGAGGGCCUCUGCUUGGCCCUUUAAGUACUUUUCUGAAAUGGAACCUCACCACAGAGUCAUAUUACAGAAGGUCUACUUUGCAGGAGUUUGGGCCCAUCCCCCCCUACCGUCUUCUCAGAGAAGUUCUCUAUUGAAACUAGUUGCUGACUCAGUAGCAAUCUAAAUGAGAUUUCCUUGCAUUCAUCUUCUGGAAAAUAAUAUGAUUAAUAACUGCAGUUCAGUCCUGCUUUUCUAAUAUAAGUUAAAGGAUAAUUCAGAGAGUGAGAAGCCUAAGAAGGAUGAUUAACUUCUGUUUUGAAAGGAUGAGAGGGAGGAGAAACCUAAGGAAGCUUUACGUGAUGAGAUGAUCGCUUUGGAUAGGGAAUUCACACAUUAAAGUUCAUAUAUAAAACAUAUUGCAUAGAAAAAACAUAUAUAUCAAGAAAAAGACUCCUUCCCCAGCAUGUAAUUUUGUGUGUGCAAAGACUUUUCUCCCAUCUAUGGGGAAUCACUAAUGCCAUUUGUCUAUUCGUAGUUUGAAGCAGUUUGUUAUGGAACAAUCUUACUGCUUUUUUUGCUUUUUGUAUAUAUGAAUCUUGAGUCAGGAGCUGGCAUUAAUUAAUGAAAUAGAGGGUGUUUAUGAACUCUUUUGAAUCCUGGAACUGCCUCCCAUGCUCAACUGCUUCUGGGCUCUUCCCUGUUCCUCCGAGAUGGUCCAUUUUGUCAUGUUGUCAAGCACAUUGUAGUCUCUUUUCUGUUAUAUCAGACCGCAGUUCUAACCAGAUAUGUCUGGUUUGAGCCCCUAUAAACAAGGCAUUAGGGAUUACAGCUCUCACUUGUUGCUUGCUUGAAGCAUUUUAUUAUGAUCGUGGGUGGUAAUUAUUGAUUGACCUAUCUCCUCCAGCGUGAUCACUCAGAUACCUUUCUAUGUAUUGUAAAUAUAUGUGUAUCUGUAGAAGUUUAUAUAAAUUUAGUUCUUUUCUAACACAUAAUAAAGUAUG